AUGCCUCCGCGCGAGGUCACUUUGAGGGCGUUCAGUUCUGCUUACGAGUAUCCUGGUGCACAGUAUCCUCACCAAUCCUCCAUCGGCCGGAACGAGCUGCGGCCAAUGGAACGGGACCAGGGCAGCAAUGCGCACUCGCAGACUCGAGCAUCCAGCAGUCGUGAUCGGAGCAAGGUCAACAGCGUUGAUACUACCAUUCACAUCCCGUCUGGUCCGACUGGCGACGCAAUGAUGAAUGAGUAUCAAAGCGAAGACUUCCAGAAACGACACGAUCCGCGCAGUGCCAAUGCCCAGCCCAGCAGAGCGCAGUCUCGGCCCAGAAGCCUUCGAAUGACAGAUUCCGACCUUCCUCCAACCUCGCCCAAUUUUUCGGACAUGGACGACGGCAGUGGGCAGCCGGCAGCUGCUAAUAACGAGAUGCGCCACCGUGCAAAUCACAUCCCUAGCAGGACAAGGUAUGUUUAUUGGAUCGUGGGUCUGAUCAGAUGCUCAUGAUUCCACAGCUCAAGCGGCGUCCAGCGCCGCCCGGUAAUUGACCCUGAGCCCAUGCCAACACGGCCGUCGAGGUCUCCUGCGCGACAUCGAGAAUUGGACAACAGUAAUAAUUCGGAUCCGUCCUCUCCGGAGGACGAUACCGAUGAUCUAGGCGCGCGAAGUAGUGCAGGUUCUGUGUUCUCGCAAGAGACUUCUGCCACAUCGAUCCACACGCUGCCUCCGUUGCAAACAAAAGGUCCAGACCACAGCGAUGCACAGUACCUCGAGCCUGUCAUUGAAGAUGAUCCUCGAUCCUGGGACCUUGUAGCACCACUGCCGAAUGACCAGGACAGGGGGAUGUACGCACUUGAGAGACGCUCUGACCAACUGUUCAGUGCAGAGCAUCUGCGCACUAUUUUCGAGGACCCAAAGUUGUUGCUCAGGUUUACAGGAUUUUUAAAUUCCCACCGACCCAAAAGCAUACCAAUUUUGAUCUAUUAUUUGGAUGCACUCAAAGCUCUGCGCGCAAUCAAUUACGCAAACGCCAUCGCUGAGGCUUUGGAGCCCAUUAAAGGGCAAGGAUUCACGAACGAGGCUGCGAAACCUACGAGUAAUACCGCACUCGAGGAGAAAGCUGACCGUGCCUUCGACGUCCUGGUACAAGAAGACCUGCCCGCGUACAUUGCACACACUUGGAUCCAAGUCGUCAGCGUGAGCAUCCAGCGGCGAAUCACUGGCACUCUUGCCCCACAUCUACGGGAAGCAAGCGAAGGUCUAGCUGAGGUAUUCUGCCUCACUGACCCAAGCAGGACUGACAAUCCCAUUGUCUUCGCGUCGGAGGAGUUCACGAGGACAACUCAGUAUGGCAUGAACUACGCCAUUGGGCGCAAUUGUCGAUUUCUGCAAGGGCCUAAAUCGAGUCCUCACUCUGUCCGUCGCCUUGCGGUUGCUACUGCUGAAGGCAAAGAGCAUACCGAAGUCUUUGUUAAUUACCGCCGCGAUGGGAGCCCGUUCAUGAACCUCUUGAUGACCGCGCCCCUAAAGGAUAGCCGAGGAAAUAUCAGAUAUUUUAUUGGCGCGCAGGUCGACGUCUCUGGCCUCAUCAAAGAUUGCAAUGAAAUGGAUGGGCUUGCCAGGUUGGUCGAGAAGCAGGGCUCCGAGUCUGCGGUCGACGAGGACGGUGCGAGCCACAAAGACGAGUUUCAAGAGCUCAGCGAGAUGUUCAACGGGGCCGAACUCGACACCGCCCGAAAAUUCGGUGGCCGUAUGCACAAGGAAUACGUCGACGAGAGCGAUCGAGAAAGCGUGCACGGCAGGCCGCGCCUCGUUUUGAAGGACCAAAGUCAGGAAGUACUGGGCAAGGACAAGCGGAGCACUUCAGGAACUGUGCCUCCAAGCGUGACAGAGCGUUUGAAUGGCAAGCUCGAGGGGAUAUACCAGCACUAUCUCCUCAUUCGUCCGGCACCCUCGUUGCGCAUAUUGUUCAGCUCUCCCUCCCUCCGAGUCCCUGGAAUACUUCAGUCGCCGUUCCUCAACCGAAUAGGUGGCAGCAGCCGUGUACGAUCGGAUCUUGGCGCGGCUCUGGCCGAAGGACGUGGAGUGACGGCCAAGAUUCGCUGGCUCACUCGUCCUGCUGACGACGGAGAAGGCGAGGGUCGUCCGCGUUGGAUCCACUGUACGCCGUUGCUAGGGCACUCUGGUGCUGUGGGCGUGUGGAUGGUUGUGCUUGUGGAAGACGAGACAUCGGCCACGGGAGGCCCCUCCGCUCGACGAUUCAGACAAGCACCACCAGUGUCAAACAAUAUCGGAGGCAAGGAGUGGGAUGCAUCGCGAGCACGAGAACGGGCGCAAUUAUACGAUAAGAACGGUGAGCGCAGAGGCGGAGGGCAGAAUGAAUAUACCGGUCGAUCGAGCAGCCGCGACACUAAUUAUACAAGCUCAAUGCCCGCAAGAAGUCCAGGGCGGAGAGCAGACGGUCAUCCGACAAGCGCCAGCGCUAGCGAGUUCUCGUUCAACCUCAGGGGCUAA